GCUGUGAGUGCAAAUAUGGCGCCCAGUUUCGACACCCUCUCCGAGCAGGACCUCCACGAAGAGGAGGAGGAGGAGAUUGACUUCUCCGGUGAGUGCGACCCCGACUCGCGUUCUUUGUCCUGUCCUGUCCUGUCCUGUCCUAUCCUAUCCGUUACCCGUGCCCCUCGUCACUGACCGCGAUCGGUUCUUGGUCUUGCAGACCUUAAGGAGCAGUUUGAAGUGAAACUUGAUGAGGGUUUGGAUACAUUCGUUGUCAUCGAUGGGCUUCCGAUCGUGCCCGAGGAGAGCAGGCAGAAGCUCAUCAAGUUCUUGUUGAGGAAGCUCACCACCGCCGGCAACACCUCCGAAGAUGCUGUCUUCAUGCCCAUCAACGACAAGAAUAUGUCCGAAGGGUAUGUACUGGGAACUCGGGCUGGAACUGCAGCAGGGAAAAAUUAACGUUGGGUCGCAGUUUCGCCUUCGUCGAAUAUGAGACUCCCGAACAAGCCGUCGCUGCCGUGAAGGCCCUGCACGGUGUCCCCCUCGACAAGAAGCA